AUGGCCGCUGCUCGUGCCAACAGCCACGAGCGAAAUCUUCUUCGGCCCAGACCUACGAGAGCAUUGCCCGAGGCCUUGCGCGCCGCCGGUCAGGGUAUCAAUGGCUUUGCUGACACCCCGUCUGGCAUGUCGAGUGGCCGUUCCACCCCCGUGCCUCAUGAUGCCCCUCCUUCAGUUCAUUCCAUUUCCACGGCACGGAAACAUGCUCGCGCCCAGGCGAAACGUCGCCUCUUCUACACGAUCAAUUACAUGCCCCGAGUGUCUCAUUUUGACUCCCGAAGCGAUUACCGCGACUUUCGAGGCUUCUUCGUCCUUUUCUGGAUCAGCCUGACCAUCAUGGUCAUCACAACCGGCCUACGCAACAUCAAGGAGACGGGUCAUCCUUUGAGAGCCCAGGUUUAUGCCCUGCUGUCUAGGAAUGUGGUUUCUCUGGCAGUGAGUGACGCUGCCAUGGUUGCGAGCACCGCGGUGAGCUUGCCCAUUCAGAAGUUGGUCCGGGGCCAAACGGGUCGACUCCGAUGGAGAAGAGGCGGAAUCUGGAUACAGAGUAUCUUUCAAGCCCUGUGGCUCAUUCUGUGGGUCGAGUUGCCUUUCUUCUUGCAAUGGACCUGGACUGCGCAGGUGUUUUUCGCUCUCCACACCCUGACGUUCCUCAUGAAAAUGCACUCGUACGCCUUCUACAACGGCCAUUUGAGUGAGACGGAAAGGCGGCUGCGGGAGUUGGACAAACCCGAGACGGCCGACCUGGCCAAAGCCGUCAAGUAUCCCAGCUCUCCGUCCCGUUUGCAAGAAGUUCACCACGACAGCUCGCCUGACGACGAUGAAUCAUUGGAGGAGCUCGCACAGCUUCGACAAGAUCUAGCCACCGAAUUGACCUCUCCACUGGGGCAAGUCACCUUUCCCCAGAACCUCACUCUGUACAAUUAUGUCGACUACGUCCUUUGUCCCACUCUCUGCUACGAACUCGAAUAUCCCCGAACCCCGGGCAUUCGGUGGCUCGAGCUGUUUUACAAAACCCUGGCCGUCUUCGGCUGCAUCUUCCUCAUGAUCACCAUCAGCGAGGAGUUUAUUACACCUGUGCUGGCUGACUCUGCUGUCCGCCUGCGGCACGUCUCCACUUUAUCGGACAAGGCGCUGAUCCUGGCAGAAACCACGAGCAUGAUGCUGUUCCCUUUCAUGAUCACCUUUCUCCUUGUCUUCCUAGUUAUCUGGGAAUACAUCCUGGGCGCAUUUGCCGAGAUCACCUGCUUCGCAGACCGGCACUUCUAUUCGGACUGGUGGAAUAGUAGUGACUGGCUUGAGUUCUCUCGCGAAUGGAACAUCCCCGUGUAUCAUUUCCUGCGAAGACACGUGUUUUUCUCAUCCAAGACAUACUUUUCCACCCCGAUGGCCAUGACCAUCACCUUCCUUGUCAGCGCGCUCGGCCACGAGUUGAUUAUGGGCUGCAUCACGAAGAAACUCCGGGGUUACGGCUUCGUCGCCAUGAUGCUACAGCUUCCCAUCGUCGCGCUACAGCGGAGCAAAUUUAUUCGUGGCCGGUGGGUCUUCAACAAUGCUGCGUUUUGGAGCAGUAUGAUUCUAGGGCUGAGCACUAUGUGCAGCCUUUAUGUUCUGGUGUAA